AUGGAUAGCGACACAGAUAGCGAUUCUGAAGAUGAUGAGGGUCCUGGCCCAUUAUUGUCGAUGCCCAUCAAUUACAUGCGUGGCAGACGUACUUCUGUAAGCGCCGAGAGCAUGGUCCCCAGUCAUCAAAAUUAUGUCAAGAUUGUGGUCUCCAAGACACCCGAGCAGCGCAAGCGGAUCGAGCUUUCGAUCGCCAGUAACUUCUUGUUCAAAAACUUGGAUGAGGAUCAACACGAGGACGUUGUGAAUGCAAUGGCAGAAAAAAGAUUCAGGAACAAAGAAAACGUCAUCGAGCAAGGCGCUGUUGGUGAUUACUUUUAUGUGGUCGAGACUGGAACGUUGGAUGUAUUUGUUGCCAAGAAUGGCAACCCAUCCGAGAAGGUGUUUGAGUAUGGCCCAGGAGGUAGUUUUGGAGAGUUGGCACUGAUGUAUAACGGACCCCGUGCGGCCACAGUGACAACCACAUCAGAAGUGGUUCUCUGGGCAUUAGACAGAAUCACAUUCCGACGAAUCCUGAUGGAAAACACCUCCAGAAAGCGACGUAUGUAUGAAGCCUUCCUCGAGACUGUUCCCUUGCUGGUGUCGUUGGAGCCUUAUGAGCGUCACAAGAUUGCAGAUGCUCUCGAAUCAGUCUACUUUGAUGAUGGCCAGACUGUGGUCCGUCAAGGUGACCAAGGAGAUAACUUUUUCAUUAUUGAGUCAGGAGAAGCAACUGUGACAAAGUGUAGUGAGGAUGGCAAAGAGUUCCCUAUGCCUGGCCUGGGACCUGGUCAAUAUUUUGGAGAAUUGGCCUUGUUGAAUGAGAUGCCACGUGCAGCCACUGUUAAGGCUCAGGGCAGGCUCAAGUGUGCAACCUUGGGCAAGCGCGCGUUUGUGAGGUUGCUUGGCCCAGUCGUGGAGAUUAUCAAGCGCAACAGUGAUAACUAUCAAACAAUUGAGCAACAAAUCCAGUUGCACCAACAGCAGCUCGUCCCUGUAUCGCCUGCUGCCGUUUCUGCCUGCGCUUCCCCAGCAUCCGCAUCUCCAGCAUUAGCGCCUGCACCACUUCUUCAUCAACAACUUCAACCGCAGAUGCAACUGAGCAAUAUUUAG